AUGAACGCAUUAUCAUAUCUAUCAGGGCAAUUAACCCCAACAGGUUUGGUACCUCCAACCAACUCCCCCCUAAGGGAGAAAGAGCAUAGCAUUACAACACCAACAACCAUAAAAUCUGAGAAUGAUAUUCAAGAACAAAUACCGUCUAAAAUUAUCACAUCAAACCUUGAUAUCCAACAUACAUCGGGUAAUAUAACCUCCAGACAUACAUAUAAUAAAAACAAAGAUAUUAGCCAAAAGAACAUUGAAAAAGAAUCGAUAAAUGAGCCGAAACAAAUUUUAACGGAUGCACCAUUAAUGAAACGUUUGAUUAAUUCACAAGUGAUCCAAUUUAUUUGGAUGCUAAUAAUAUUCCUACCUACCUAUCUAAUAAUAAAACCUUUAUUGCUUUUAUGGUUUUUCGUUUCAUUACCAUUGACAUUAGUAGAACAUGGGAUAAAACUGCGAAACCGCCCAAUUAUGAAACCAAACGCAGUACUAUCUGAAAAUAAAGUUCUGGAACCAAUCACAGAGGAGGAUUUAGCAAGUGGUGAUGAAUUUAUAUUUCAACGAGAUACAAUUAAGGGAACAUUCAUUAAAUCAAAUAGCAAACAGAGUAGUACACCAUCUUCUAAACUUAGAUAUAGUACACCUAAUAGACACGAAAGAUCAGAGUUAUUGUCUGAUACUACUAGUACUACUAGCAAUGUCAUGUUUGGGUCUAAGAAAAUGGGACGAUUCCUAUUCCCUAAAAAAUUAAUCCCUAAAUCGAUUAAAUAUAGUGGUCAUAAGAAGACAUUAGUGAUCGAUCUGGAUGAAACAUUAAUUCACUCAGUAUCACGUGGAACAACUCAUGUUAAUUCAUCUCAAGGGCAUAUUAUUGAAGUAAAAUUUUCAAUAUCUGGGAUAUCUACCCUCUAUUUUGUCCAUAAGAGACCCUACUGUGAUCUUUUCUUAACCAAAGUGAGUGAAUGGUACAAUAUUGUCAUUUUUACAGCCUCUAUGAAAGAGUAUGCUGACCCUGUCAUCGAUUGGUUAGAGUCUUCAUUAUCUGGACCCUUUUCAAGAAGAUUAUAUCGAAACGAUUGCACAUUGAGGGAUGGUGUGGGAUAUAUUAAAGAUUUAAGUAUUUUAACUAAGAUAAGUCAUUCUUCCAAAUUACCUAGUCAGGAAGUGGGACUUAACGAAAUCAUCAUUAUUGACAACAGCCCUGUCAGCUAUGCUAUGAACGUUGAUAAUGCUAUCCAAGUUGAAGGUUGGAUCAAUGAUCAAUCAGAUACAGAUUUAUUGAAUUUAAUACCCCUUUUGGAGUCCUUGCGGUAUACAACGGAUGUUAGAAAUAUCCUGUCAUUGAAGAAUGGUGAAAAAUCCUUUAGGUCAAGUUAG